AUGUCUUUCAAGGAUUUGGCCGAUACCCGUUUUUCUUUGAUUCCAAAGGUUGUCAAUGGAGGUAUUGCGGGUAUUGUUGGAGUUACCUGCGUUUUCCCUAUUGAUCUGGUCAAAACUCGACUCCAGAAUCAACAAGAUAGCAUUCGUCUAUACAGCAGUUUCCUGGACUGUGCGAGAAAGACCUUUCAGCGCGAAGGCUUCCUUGGCAUGUAUCGUGGUGAGUUUGUUCUCUCCUCUGCAUCUCCAUUUGUAUAUCUUGUCUUUAAUCGCAAGCCACUCACACCAUUGCGCGAGGUUUUGGCAGGUGCUGGGGCUGGAACAUGUCAGAUCAUCGUGACCACUCCGAUGGAGCUGUUGAAGAUUCAACUGCAAGAUGCUGGGCGCACCGCUUCUGUUUCUGUCAAAGCUGUCGAAGCUGACGGUCUGCUCACCUCUCGUCGGUUGUCUGCCACUCAGUUGGCCCUUCAAUUGAUUCGAGAACGAGGCAUUUUUGGCUUAUAUCGCGGUAUGGGCGCCACAUUUCUUCGAGACGUUUCUUUCUCCAUGAUCUACUUCCCGCUGUUCGCCAACUUUAAUGCUCUGGGUCCACGUCGUUCUCCUGGAAGCAUUGAGGCUGCUUUCUACUGGUCUUUCCUGUCCGGAUUCUUGGCGGGCUCCAUCGGUGCUUUCUCCGUUACUCCAUUUGAUGUGGUGAAAACUCGUAUUCAAACUAUCAACCGAGCCACAGGGGAAAGAUCCUUCAGUAGUAUUACCGACUGUUUUAUUGCGUUGUUUGCUUCCGGUAUACUUUGGGUGAGUCAGUCAAACUGUGAAAGACGAGGGCCUCGUUGCACUGUUCAAAGGUGGGGGUUGUCGGAUUCUCGUGAUGGCCCCACUGUUUGGCAUUGCUCAAAGUGUCUACUACCUUGGCGUCGCUGAACGUCUCUUGGGCUACCAGCGUAUUUGAACACAACCCUCUCCAUAUCACUCUUGGCUGUUGGACACCCGGUGUCAAUAUCAUUCCUAUAGUUUGAUUCGAAUAUAUGGACGCAUCACGCACCCUUUCCUUCUUUUUAUGCGUGCAGUUUAUUUGGAAUAUGCAACUGGCGCCUCUUUUCCACACUGUAACUUGCACAUGCUUGAAACAUAUUGCUUCCUUUUUUAUAUCUUCACGCGUUCACGCUUUGUAUGUAUAUUCUCAAUAUAUCUGGUGCUUAUU